AUGGCAUUGGAUCCAACUGUUUCCUCAAAUUCAAGUGCCAGGAGAUGGACAGACCGCAUAAGCAAUGCCCUUCAAAAAGAAGUUGACAUUGACUUGAAUCUACUCCCUCCUGUCUGUGUCCUCCAGGUUCCCAAAACACUAACUCACCAGAAACCAGAAGCUUAUACUCCUCAGCUCAUUGGCAUGGCACCCUAUCACCAUUUAAGACCAGACCUAUAUCAAAUGGAAAGGUACAAACUUGCUGCCAUCAAGGACAUUCUCGAGCAUGCUCAAAUCAUCAAUUUUGAGCACCUCUUGAUCAACAAACUCAGAGAGAAUGACCUCGUUGUCCGCGCCUGUUAUAACCGCUACAUGGACAUAGAUGAGGAGACUUUAGCUUGGAUAGUAGCCAUAGAUGGUCUAUUCUUGCUUAACAUCCUCCGUUCAGCGUAUGGCAACAAUGUGUGUGAUCAUCAUGAAAAUAAUAUUGAUGACUCCAUUUUCACCAGAGACUUUAUGAUGCUGGAGAACCAAAUGCCCUUUGUGGUCGUGAGGCAAAUCAGAGAGUUACUUCAUCUCUCUCCCCCUGAGGACAGAGAAGACGCCGAGUUAAUUUCUAUGUUUAGGCGCUUCUGUGAAAUGCAUUCCCCACUUCCUUUUCCCUCAAACAAUGAGUACCACAGAAUAUAUACCAAAGAAACUCAACCUCUUCAUUUGCUCGAUCUUAUGUAUCAUUUAAUCCUUGAUGAUCGUGCAGAUUUUGCUUCAGUUCCUAUUCAAAUGUCAUCCAUCAUUAUAAAACAUGACGAUAAAGAUGAAGAAGAUGAUCAAGAUCAAGCUACACAUGAAGACAUCAUUCACAACUUUGGAACAAUCUUGGAGGUGCUGGAGCAUAUUGGCCCAAGAGACGUGCAAAAACUUGUAAAGCCCAUUAACCAGUUUGUAGCAAAUGUGCCAUGGUCAACGAUUUCCGGGCUAUUUAGAAAAGGUAUGGAAAGAAAUGGAGAUGAAGAAAGCAAGAAUAUCAGUAAUAUCCCUUCAGCAUCCCGAUUAUGGUGCUAUGCCAGAGUCAGAUGCAGCCCCAUCCAUGAGGGUAUCAGUAUGAUUAAAUUUGAACAAGCUUCUUCAACUUUAUACCUUCCUGUGAUCACCAUGAAUGCUGGCUCAGAAGUCAUACUUAGAAACUUGAUGGUCUAUGAAGCUGCCAUGUUGAAAUCCAAGCUCGAAUUUGCCAGAUACAUCAAUCUAAUGAGUGGGAUUGCAAAUGCUACUGAGGAUGUGAGGUUGCUUAGGCAGGAUGGUGUUAUCAUAGGGGAUUUGACUGAUAAUGAAAUUGCCACUUUGUUCAGUACCAUGCAAAGGUCAUUUGUGAGGUCCAGUGGAAGUUCUAAUGUGGAGAUUGCCAUGGAGAAAGUCAACAAAUACUAUGACCAGAGGCUAAUCGUUAGGGCUCGAAAAGGAUUGAAGAAAAAUAUCUAUGUUUCUUGGAAGUUCUUGCCUGUUGCUUUGUGGAUAUUCUUUGUCUUGCUGCUAAUUUUCCAGACAUUUUGCUCUGUGUAUGGCUGCCACAAUGUUUGGGGCAAUAGGGACUAG